AGUGGAAACACAGGGAGAGCAGCAGUCGAGGCGUUGGUGAGUGAGUGAACAUCAUGGGACAUGCUCUCUGGGAAUGACCUACAGCAGUCUGGAGCUUCAUCCCUUCAUCCAGGAGCGCACAGACGUCUGCUGCUGAUCCUCACUGGACAAUACAACAAUAGUGAAGCUGAGAUUACAGAGUCCUGUUUUAAAGUUUAGAAUAAUGAGAGUGAAUUUUUCAGCUAGUUGGAUAUUUCAAGGAUGGAUCACACACUUCGUCCUUGCUCUAUGCACGCAGGCAGGACUGGCCAUAAGCUGCCAACAGAAUGAGUACGAGCACAAUGGGGGAUGCUGCCAAAAAUGUGAACCAGGAAAAUACUUUUUUGCCCAUUGCGACGGGAGUCCGACAAAGUGCCGUGAUUGUGGCCGUGAUGAGUACCAGCCGGACUGGAACAGUGACACUAAGUGUAUUCCUCAGAAGUUCUGCGAUGAGGGUAAAGGAUUUAACCGCACCCUUCCACACAACCCCACCGCGGCGGAACCGUGUCGGUGCAAGCAGGGGUUCCACUGUUCUCUGAUCAACUGCGAGUACUGUGAGGCCAUUAAAAACUGUCCUGCGGGAGAAGGAGUCGUGAUGGGUGAGACUGGCAGAGCUUCCUGUGUGACUUGCCUACCUGGAUUUUUCUCAGACUCUAUAUCAAUAGAAUCCUGCAAGAAAUGGACAGAUUGUAAAGCUAUUGGCAAGACCGAAAAACAGCCAGGAAGCACUAAGACAGAUGUAGUGUGUGGACUCCAUUCUCCUGGUAUGACACCCUGGGUGCUUGUGGCCAUCCUCUCAGUCAUCAUCGUGGUAUCCCUGGUCGUUCUCUUCUUGUUUUGCUGCAAAGAUAAGCUGAACUUCCUCUCAGUAAAUCUACGCACCUGCGUCCAAAACCUAAAAGGAAGUAGGAAUCGACAGGAAACUGUGACAACUUCAUAUCACUUUAGAAACGGUCUUCAAACCCACCCUUUAAUCUGCCAAGAAAGAACCCCUCCGGAGUCCCUGAUCAUGUGUCCCAGCACCAAAUUGACCAUCCCAGAAAUGUCAGAUUGCACGGACCAAGAACAGGACCAGGACCGAGCCGAAACCUCGUCGGGGAGCUCCAGCGUGGACUCCGGAUGCGGGCCGUCGUCCCCCCUGUCAGGCAGCUCCUGCAGCUGUGUGCUUUCCAUGAAGGAGCCCAUAGAGGUCGGAGAGAACGAGGACUGCAGUCAGCUGGUAGCCACGGGCCUGGCGUCGUGCUGCUCCUGCAGGACAGGGGACGCCACAGGGAACGUGCAGGUUAUCGGCCUGAAAGAGCCUCUGCUGUGUGAGAGCUGCUCGCUGGACGGCCUGCCCGCAUGCGAUUAUGUGGAUCUGCAGCGCUCGCAGGAACUCUAUCUGGACUACAGCAGCCCUGCUGGCAAGGAAGCCAUGUCGGAGAUCAGAGGCGUCUACGGGGACCGAGGUUUGGUCGAGGGGCUGUAUAGACAGAACGAACCUUGUUGCUGCAGCAUAGACUCCACCACCGUUCCUCCUUUGCCGUCUGUCAGCGCUAAUGACCAGGGCCUUUCACUGGUCCACAGCGACGACCACAAACUGUCGGACCCUGACGUGGAGUACCAGAACCAGUGCUCAGAUGCCGCCCUCACAUCUGGUCAGGUGACAGGAAACAACAACACUACUUUUAUCUCCAGCGGGCAGGUGAUGAACUUCAGCGGUGAGGUCAUCGUGGUCUACGUCAGUCAGACAUCACUGGGCAGCAGCGGGGGGACAGACGAACCCUUCAGCUGCCCGGUUCAGGAACAAUCUAAUGAGGACAGCUUUCCAAAUGAGCCCAAAUCUAACACAAGCACAACACCGCAGGCCAAGAGCACAAACGGACACGUGGAAAAACACCUGCCCGUACAGGAAAUGACUAACGACGGGUCCUGGCAGAAAUAAAAAAAGAUGCAAACAUUUCCUACUGGACAGGAAUGGACUUUUUUAAAUGAUUAUUAUUGAUUUAAUGUUCUCCGUAUGAGUGCUAUUUCAUGAAAAAAAAUGCUAUGCAUUUGUUGACCUACGUAUUUAUAUAGUAUAAAUUGGGUACUUGUCAGCUUUGAGAGGAUUUCUAUGGUGCGGAUGCUAUUGAUCUGAUGACAGUAUAAGUCCAGAACAUUGAUUUCAGAAUAAAAGGUGGCUUGGUGCGACAUGAAGCCAAACUCAGGCCACAAACGUAGCCACCACAACAAAAGCUUGAAGUUUUUCGUUGUCCCUUUCUCUUGGCCUUCUCUGAAACUGAGCUAUCGUCCCGUACCUCAUGGCAAGAACCGUUUUAUGGUGUUGUUAAAUCUCAGACUAGUUAGUAACAUGGAAAUGACAAAUGGGGAUGUUGAUUUGUGGUGUUUAUAUUUU